UUAAAAAAAAACUCUGGUUCUUUUAUAAAUCUUGUUUGGUUAAAGCCUGCAUUAGAGAAUAGAGAGAGAAGGGGAGUUUAGAGAUACACAGAGUCACAGCUGGGCAUCAGUGGAGCCAAGCCUUCUCGGACGCUGUGAGAAGCUGCGUGUGAGAGGUAUUCGAAGAAUUUCAGAACGGAUUGGAGAUGGCGGCUACGCAGACUAGAGCUCGUGCCGAUUAUGAUCACCUUAUCAAGCUUCUUCUCAUCGGCGAUAGCGGGGUAGGAAAAAGCUGUCUGCUAUUACGCUUCUCAGAUGAUUCUUUCACAACAAGUUUCAUUACUACCAUUGGGAUUGAUUUCAAGAUUAGGACAGUUGAGCUUGAUGGGAAGCGCAUCAAGCUGCAAAUAUGGGAUACUGCUGGCCAAGAGCGUUUUCGGACAAUUACUACUGCUUAUUACAGGGGAGCAAUGGGCAUAUUGCUAGUCUAUGACGUAACGGACGAGGCAUCCUUCAAUAACAUCAGGAACUGGAUCAGGAAUAUCGAGCAGCAUGCAUCUGAUAAUGUCAAUAAGAUAUUGGUCGGUAACAAAGCUGACAUGGAUGAAAGCAGGAGGGCUGUCCCAACAUCAAGAGGCCAGGCAUUAGCUGAUGAAUAUGGUAUCAAAUUUUUUGAAACUAGUGCAAAAACAAAUUUCAAUGUGGAGCAGGUUUUCUUCACCAUCGCUAGAGACAUAAAGCAGAGACUUGUUGAGACCGAUUCUAAGGCAGAGCCUCAAACUAUCAAGAUUAGCAAACCAGAUGUUGCCCAAGGCGCUGCUGCUGCUCCAGCAAAGUCAGCAUGUUGUUCUUGAGGUUUAUUAUAUGACAUGGUGGUCAAUACAGCAUGCUAUCCAAUAUCUUCCCUAAUCUUCUGUUCCUUUAUUUUGCGAAUAACUAGUUGUACCAUCUCCCAUAAGUUGUGUAGGACAAAAUGGUUCAUCUAUGUAAGACUUGGUAUAUCCAUCCUUAUUAUACUUAUGGCAAUUUUAUUUAGGUUUUUAACUGGUAUAUUCUGAUCUA